AUGGACCAAAUGUCAGGCCAGGAUUUCGGCUCUCACCCGUCAGCCGAGAGCCUCGUUACCUGGUUCACACAAAAUGGGGGUCAGCUCAGUCCAGAUGUCCAGAUCGUCUUCAGCGACUCGCGUGGCUUUCACAUGCGCGCUGCUAGGCCACUGAGCUCCACCGUCGUGGCUUCAUGUCCAUUGAAGCUCACACUCUCUUCUAUCAACCUAGACCCAAACGAGAAAGAGGUCUUGUACGCUGAAAGCCCUCUAGAACAAUGUCGAGGGAAGAUUCCGGAUCACGUUCUGACGUAUCUGUUGUUGAUUGAACAGCGCAAGAAGGGUGAGAAGUCGCCUUGGCAUGCGUACAUCUCCUGCUUACCAGGGCCUGAAACUAUGACCACACCUCUCUGGUUUGAUGAGAGCGAUGUGGUCUUUCUCGCUGGUACAAGUCUAGCUCCUGCGACCAAAGAGAGAAAGGCUGAGCUGGAGCGCCAAUGGGAAAAUGCCGUGGGUGUUAUGAAAGCACUUGGUAUGCCUCUUGCUGACGAGAUUGAUCUCGAAUCAUUACUUUGGGCAGCCACUAUCUUCACUUCGCGAGCGUUUAUUUCGACACACAUCCUACCCGGACGUGAGACGAUUCCCAUCCUCUUUCCGGUGGUGGACAUUCUCAAUCAUUCCGUCUCUGCAAAGGUAGAAUGGGACUUCCAGCCUCACCAGUCAUUUACACUGAAGUGUCUUGAAGGCGAGUCUUUCCAGGCUGGUCAAGAGCUAUUCAACAACUACGCGCCGAAGCAGAAUGAUGAGUUGCUUCUUGGGUAUGGCUUCUGCUUAGAAGACAAUCCUAUUGAGCAGUUCGCUUUGAAACUAGCGUUCCAACCACAGCUACAGCAAUAUGCACAACAGCUGGGUCUGUUGAAUCCUGAGAAUGUGCCUUUUGGCAUGUCAAAAGACUUUCUAGCCACAGACCCAAAUAAGGAACAGCACUUCCUACGCGCCAAGGGCCAUCCAUUCGGUCGUUACGAAAACCACGUACCUUUCUUCCGUGGCAUACCCCCCUACAUCGUUCACUUCUUCUUCAUACAGACGAUCAUAACAUCCGAGUUGGAUGUAAGCACUAUUGACGUUGCACGGCCAGGAGGCAGGAUCACCCUGCAAGUUCUCGUGCUCUUACACCAGGCAAUGGAGCAGAGAUGCAGCACUCUCCCACUUCAAAUCCAACAGGAACCGCAAAACGAUAAGCAAAGGUACGCGAAAAUCUAUCGCAACAGCCAGGCUAGGAUCAUCCACUCGGUUCGGGAAGAGCUGAAGGCUGCGAUUGCCAAGCUUCGCGUCUCGGAUUCCGAACGUCCCGUUCGCACUUUGCACAGCUUGUCCGACAUGCUCAAAACCUUCGGAGCCGAUCUGCCUGCAUCAGCCGAGAACUUUUCGAGCGCGCUCGAUCGACAUGGUGUUCAGGGUUCACAGAAUGAAGGUUUGCAGUGGACGAUGCUCCUGACUGUCCUGGUGUCGUUGAUGUUGACCACACAAGACACAUCCGACAUGAAGACAUUGGCUCUAGUGCGCAACUUGUGUUCAAAACAUGCACUUCCCACAUUAGAAGAUGGUAUUGAAGACGUAGACACGUACACCUUCAUCGAUGAGAAUCUCGGCGAUUUUGUGCAGCUUCCCUCCGCCGAAGCGAAUGUCGCGCCAACGGAUGCGCUGGACGACUUGGGUAUGACAUUUGUCAACCAACCCGCUGAUGAUCCAGCGCCUGUUUUCAUCAAUGGACGUACGGAGAACCUAGGUGCAAGGAUCAUUAUGUGGGCGAUGAUGGUUGUGGAGAAGGACGUUGUGCCUGUAUUUGAGGAUAGGCAAAUUAAGCGGUGCUUGUAUGCGGGAGCGCAGACUGCGGAAGGUGGGAAGAUUGACGAGACAUGGAUGUACGAGGAUGUUGCGGUGUAG